AUGGCUUCGACACGAAACAAAUUUGGAUACUGUAAAUUUGGUUCACAAUGUCCGCAACUUGAAACUUGUCAAUAUGCACAUUAUGAACAAUACUACACUAAAUUCCAUAAUUAUUCUAGUUCUAAACGGAAUAAUUAUAAUAAAUCGUGUGAUCAAUAUCAAUACGAAUAUGGAGAUCAAAACGUUGAUUCAUUACAACCAUACCAAUCGUAUUCUAAUAAUCAAAAUUCGUCUUAUACCAUGACAACACAACGUCAGAUGUCUCCAUAUUCUGGUGAUCAUUCAAACCAUCAAGGAAUCUAUUCUCAUAAAAAACAAUUUGAUUCUAAUCAACAGUCAAAUAAAGUGCCGAAACCACAGAAUUUAAUGCAAAUAAAUUUUAACAAUUGUAACAUAUCAGAUUCCGCAUCGAUUUCUUCAAAGAACGAUAGUUCUACAUCAUUUACAAUAGAUUCAUCAAUUUGGAUAGAACACUCAAAAGCUGAAAUUAAAGUUCUAUUUGAGGAAAGUCUACCUGAAGUAUUUUCCCAACAUCAAUCUCUUAUCGAUGAACAACUCAUAUUACUUAACGAAAAUGAUGACGAUGUAAAAUUUUCAAAAGAGACAAAUGUUCAAGAGUUAAAAGAUCAAUUGGAAACAUUCGAGAAAACUAUAUCAGAACUAUCUAUUGUUAAUCCAUCAACAUUAAAAGACGCUCAACAUCUUCAAAAAAGAUUAAAACGAGAAAUUGAACGUCUUAAAGCUCAUUUACCUAUUUAUGCACGACGUCAACAAUUGAUUGAUACAAUUCAAUCAAAUCGUGUUGUAAUACUUAAGGCAGAAACAGGAUCUGGCAAGAGUAGUCAAUUGAUUCAAUAUCUUGUCGAUGCUGGAUUUGCUGAUCGUGGGCAAAUUAUCUGUACUCAACCACGACGUUUGGCUGCUCGGGAAUUAGCUUCUCGUGUAGCAAAAGAAUUUAACUGCAAAGUGGGCGAAGAAGUUGGUUGUCAUGUUGGUGCUUCUCGUCCACAAAUUUCACAUCUAACUCAAAUUCGAUUUGUUACUGAUGCUGUUCUAUUGAAUGAAUAUCAAAUGGAUCCAAUGUUAAGUGCCUAUAGUUUAAUUAUCAUUGACGAAGCUCAUGAGAGACGCAUCGAUACUGAUUUACUCUUUGGUGCUUUGAAAAUAUGUUUACAAAGACGUCCUGAUAUAAAGUUAGUUAUUAUGUCGGCAACGCUUGAUGAUAAACUAUUAAGUAAAUAUUACAAUGAUGCAAUUGUAAUUGAAGUUCCUGGUCGAACAUUUCCUAUUGAAGAUGUUUAUGCUAUAGAAGAUCCUGAAAAUUAUGUUGAUGAAGCAAUAAAUAAAGUUCUUGAUAUUCAUGCUAAUCAACCUCCUGGAGAUAUUCUUGUUUUUCUUACUGGUCAAGAUGAAAUUGAUCGAGCCAUUGAUGAAGUAAUGAGAAAAAUUGAUCCACCUGAAUCAGCUAUGAUUUUACCAUUGCAUGGUAAAUUAAAUGAAGAUGAUACAAAAGCUAUAUUCAUGUCUACGGGUAACGGUGGUCGACGUAAAAUAAUCUUUUCAACUAAUAUUGCUGAAACAUCGGUAACAAUCGAUGGAAUUCGAUAUGUUAUAGAUUCAGGUAUGGUCAAAGAAGUCAUGUGGGAUUCAAAACGACAUAUGCGAAUACUUAAAACUGCUUAUACAACACAGAGUUCAGUUAAACAACGACGUGGAAGAGCUGGACGAACAUCAAUAGGAAAGUGUUUUCAUCUAUAUACAUAUGAUACUUAUCAAUCAUUGGAUAUUUGUUCUCGAGCAGAAAUUCUUUGUACUCAACCGAGUAUAGCCGUACUUAAAUUAAAACAUCUUAAUAUAGUUGAUAAUAUUGCAGAAUUCGAUUGGUUGGAAUCACCUGCAGAUAGUAGUCUACAAGAAACUGUCAAAUGUUUAACAUGGUUGAAUGCAAUCGAUUCGAAGACAGAGAAAUUGACUGAUUUAGGUCGUAGUUUGGCAAAACUUGGUCUUGACCCUAUGCUUUCAGUUAUGAUUUUGACAGGACAAAAAUUUAAUUGUUUCAGUCAUGUACUUGCUCUUGCUGGUAUGUUAAGUGUAGUACAAAAUAUAUGGUGGCGUAGUAAAGAUGAUCAAUCCAAACAAUUAAGUGAUGAAAUACGAUCUUCAUUCAUUUACGAUACGGAUAUUGGUGGUGAUUACAUAGUUUUAUUACGUAUCUUUCUUGAAUGGUAUGCUCUGGAUGAUCAUAGAGAACGUAGAAAAACUUGGUGUAUUAAACAUAUGAUUAGAUGGAAAUCUAUGAAAUUAGCAUAUAAAUUCGUUCGAGAAUUAGCAUAUCAAAUUGCUCCAACAGUUCAAUUACAUUUUUCUAAAUUAAAUGAUGAAUUAAUCAAACAGAUCGUACGUUGUAUAUGUGCUGGUUUUUUUCAAAAUUUAGCUAUUUCAAAUGGACCUAUUCGUGCUGGUUAUCAAUUAGCAGUUGGUACUAUCGAUACAGUUGCACGAAUACAUCGAUCAUCAACAGUAAUUCUUGCACAGAAACCACCCAAAUUUAUUCUUUAUCAUGAAAUACUUAAUAUUAAUGAAACAAAUUAUUUAACUGUUAUUUGUCCAGUUGAACUUGAUUGGUUAAAUAAAUCUUGGCUCGAUUCAUUACCACGUUCACCUUUACAAUGUGUAUUCGAAGGUUAUACAUUUAUGAAUCUUGGUCCAACACUUUUACUUUCACUCGUUGGAAAAAGAUGUCAUAAACUACCACAACUUGAAGAACAAUUAAAUGUAUUAUUUGAAGUCGAUCGUAUACAAUCAAAAUUAACAAUAUGGGGUCAUAAAGAUAAACUUGUCAAUGCUCAACAAUAUCUUCAACAGAUUUUAGAUAAAGAACGAGAAAAAUUACGUAAUGAAUUACAAGAAUUUGAAAUUAUUGGUUCAACUAGAAUCUUACUUGGUGCUGGUGCUGAACCUCGAUUAGCAUUAAUUGAUGAUGAAUAUGUCAAAAUAUUUCUUACAAAUUUACCGAAAAAAAUUACUGAAGAACAAAUUCAAACAAAAUGUGAACAAUAUGGACAAGUUCGAAAUAUAACAAUGAUUCGAACAAAUCAAAAUAGUAGUUCAGCUUCUGUUACCUUCGUUGAAUGUGACAAUGCUCGAAUGGCUGUUACUGAACUUGCACAUAAAAAAUGGGAUGACUAUGAAAUAUAUGUCAGACCUAGUUACACUCGAACAUCAAUCGAUACACGAAAACAAAAUUACACAUUGAAAGCUCAAUGGUAUAUGACAGAAUCUGAAGGUAAUGGUCGUGUAGGAUUUAAUAAACCUCAAGCAGCACAACAGGCCUAUCAAUUGUUUUCAAAACGACAUAAUUUUAACUGUCAAUUUGAAUUAAAUCCUGUUAGUCCAACAGUAAAAUGUUCCUGGCCGUUGACGCCUCAUCAUGGUCAUGCGAUUAUACAUUUUGAAUUAGUUGAACAAGCUCAAGAAGCAUUAGAAGCUCAGUAUGAAUAUCCAUUUCGAAUUCAAGAAGGUCGACGAUCAAAUACGUCGAUAUAUGUUCGAAAUGUUCCUCGACAUUUUGAUGAAACUAAUUUGAAAGCAAUUUUUACUCAGUGUACUGAUGUAAUGAUACUUCGAGCUCGACAAAAUACUACGAUGUCUACGCCGGUUGGAAUGGAAAAUAUUGUUUGUGAAUUAUUCAAUACAUAUUCAUCAUUUCAAUCUCAAUCAAUUUUUAUUGAACCAAAUCUAAAUGAUGGUCAUGUUAUAGCCUAUGUUCAGUUUACUGAUGAUCAAGAAAUGCGAAUAGCUGUGAAUGAUAUUAGCAAUAAAAAUCUUUCGAUGGGUUCAGGAAAAUUACGAAUUAAAAUACAACAACCACGACAAUUAAAAUUCACAACAAAAAGAAAUGAAAUGAAAGAAGAUGAAUUUCGUAUUAAAUUUAGUAAAUUACCAGCUCAUGUCGAUGAGAGAUUUCUUCUACAAGAGCUCAAUCAACAUAAUCUUAGUAAUUCUAUGACUUAUCUAGCAGUAUACCGUAUAAAACUACCAGAAAGUUAUUCAUUCAAUCGAUCUAAUAUAAUAAUGACUGAAGAUAAUAAGAAAGCAUUAAUGAAUCUUAAAUCACUUUUUUCAUCUCAAGAUCAUUUCUAUUCUGAGCCAGAAAUUGAUAUUCGUCCAGCUACGGAAGAUGGUCGUGUCGCUGCAUAUAUUCGUUUUCAUGAUCCUCGAGAAAUCAUAACAGCUAUUGAUAUAUGUGAUUCAUUAAAUAAUGAUACCAUUCGAAAUAUUGGUUUGAAAUAUCUUCAUUUUAUUCCUCUUAUUUCCCAUCGAAUUGUCCUUCACGAUACACUGGCACAAGCAAUUAAAAAUAAACUUGAACAAACUAUAAAAACAAUCCAAGAUGAUUCAAAGUUUUCAAAUAUAAAUUUAUUUAAAAAAUCUAGUAUGAUAAAUGACAAACCCAAUGUUGUUAUUUCUAUUCGUGGAGAAAAUAUUCCUCAACUUUAUAGAGCACGUAUACUGUUUAAUGAUUUACUAAAUGGUCUACUAUUUCAACUUUAUGACCAUUCAUGGGUUACAAUGCUUUUUGAUACAACAGGACAAAAAUUUCUUCGUGAUCUUCAAAAUCGUACUCGUACAUAUAUUUGGUGGAAUUGGAAAUCAACAUUUCUACGAAUCUUUGGUGAAGAUCAAGCAUGUCAAGAUGCACAUAAACAGAUAAAUACUUUCAUUCAAGAAACAAUUUUACAACGUGAAUAUUCAAUUACUAUUCCUAUUCCCAAAGAUUGUAUUCGACAAUGUAUUCAAAAUGCAAAUUUAUUUCGAGAAUUAAACAAUAAGAAAACAAGAGUUGUAAUCAAUAUGAUUAAACAUUUUAUUGUGAUUAAUGGUGAUCGUGAAAUAGUAAAUGAAUGUGAACGUAAAGUGAACGAACUUCUGAAUAAAUUCGCAAGUAUAUCUAAUCAAUCAAAUGAAAAAAUGAUGAUAGAUAUGAAGAAUACUUGUCCUAUCUGUAUGUGUGAUUUUGAUUGUCCUUAUGCAUUCCAACAAUGUGGACAUACAUUCUGUCAUUCAUGUCUUACGGCUUAUUUCGAUACAUAUUUUGAUGCUACUAUGAGUUUUACUAGUUUUAAAUUAACUUGUCCCAUUCAAGAAUGUAAUGAAGUUUGUCUCAUACGUGAUAUUGUUUCGAUACUUGGCUUUGAACGAAUGGCUCGUCUAGCAAUGAUUGCUUUUCAAAUUUAUAUUCGUCGUAACGAUAAUAAUCUAGUUCAAUGUAUGGGUAUCGAUUGUAAACAGGUAUAUCGUCCAUCGAAAUAUUCAACGAUGUAUUUUUGUGAUCAAUGUAUAAAAGUCUAUUGUACAUCGUGCGAAGUUGAAUAUCAUACUGGUAUGACAUGUGAGCAAUAUAAAAGAUUACAUGAAGAAAAAAAUGAAGAUGCUAUUUUGGAAUAUAAUCUUGGUAAAUUAUCUUACAAACCUUGUCCUAAAUGUCGAACACCAAUUGAUAAAUUUACUGGAUGUAAUGCUGUUAAAUGUACAAUAUGUAAUAUUCAAUUUUGUUGGCGUUGUUUAACAACCGAUGAAACCGAUAUUCAUGAACACUUUACUAAUCCAAGUUCAUCAUGCUAUAAUAAAAUGUUAGAUGGAGAUGUAAAUGACAUGGAAUUUAUAUAA